CGCGAACUGCAGCACCGUCAAACAUGGAGGAGGAGGAGACACCGGAGGAGCAACUGACGAAGAAACACCGCAAAGAAAAAAAGGACCUGCAGGCUAAAAUCCAGAGUAUGAAAAAUGGAGUCCCUAAAAAUGACAAGAAGAGACGGAAGCAGCUGACCGAAGAGAUUGCAAAACUAGAAGCUGACCUCAAUGAGAAACACGAGGAAGAAAUCCGGCAGCUCACAUCUACAAGUGACACAAAGGUGGAGGAAGUGGUCAACGGUGUGGAGACCAUGAAGGUGGAAGGUGGAGAACAAGAAGAGGCCAAACAGCCACGAGUAACUAAAGCUCAGAAGCGAAGGGAGAAGAAGGCUGCGCAGGAGAAGGAAAGGGAAAGCAGGAUCGCAGAGGCGGAGGUGCAAAACCUGCAGGGCGUGAGGCACCAGGAGGCUUUAAAGCUGGCUCAGAAACUAGCCCAACAAAAGCUCCAGAUCAAGGAGAUUUCUUCUGAUGGCCACUGCAUGUACAGAGCUGUAGAAGACCAGCUGGCCCAGCGAUCAAAGCCGGGGUUGUCAAUGAGUGUGAAGGAACUCCGGUCCAGCACAGCUGAACACAUGAGAAACAAUCCUGAUGACUUCCUGCCUUUUCUUACCAACCCUAACACUGGUGACCUGUUCACUCCAGAUGAGUUUGAGAAAUACUGCAGUGAUGUGGAGCACACAGCAGCUUGGGGUGGGCAGCUGGAACUUCGAGCUUUGACCCAAGUUCUUCAUUUACCAGUAGAAGUGAUCCAGGCCGACUCCCCGGCUAUAAAGAUUGGGGAAGAAUAUGGUGGUGAAACUAUCACACUUGUAUACAUGCGUCAUGCUUAUGGUCUUGGUGAGCACUACAACAGUGUGGAGCCACUAAAUGAUCCAAACGGUGUCGAGGACGUGUGACAUAAACCAGUAUGAGUACUGAAGAAUCCUCAGGCUUCUUCCAGAAAGAACUGUUAAACUGUGUCUCAGAGAUAUAAACUUAACAAAGACUGCUUUGGUUGUUGGGUGGAUAAAAUGCAGAGUGCAACUUUUAAAGUUGAAAUAAAAUGAACAUGCAGUGUGAAUAAAUACUUCCCUCUAAAACAGUAUCAUACUCAUAAAAUUGUCAGUAAUGAAAUUCACGAGUUAUUUGUAAUUUUACACUCCUGAGUCACUCAAAGAAUCUUUAAAGGUCUCUUGUAACUUGUUUUAGAAUUAAAUGUUUUCUAACAAGUUUUAGUAGGGAAAGUUGUAGCUUAUUAAUGUUGCCCAACUAAAUGUCAACAGAGUAACAGCUUGAAUUUUAUUUAGUGAAAUAAAUGUAUUUAUAUUUUAACAUAAAAGUCAAGCAAUGUUUAUGAAAGAGCUUUUUGUUAACUGAAAGUUUCCUUUAUUUACAUUUAUACAAGCCCCAAACUUGCAUUAUUUUCUUAAAUGACACGAUCAGAUCAGUCUGUAAGAAAAUUAACACACUAAAUGUGAAUAAAUACAUGUGAUUUGUUUACACAAUGAGCAUUUAGGCAACAACUUUAUAGCCACCACCAGGCUGAGUUUCCAUCAGACCUAGCUUCCAGGCCCAGACCAGGCUUCACAGCUACCAGGCCAAGAACAGUGAUUACAUCCAUCAGGUCCAGUCGUUGUGGCUACAGUAACAAAGAGGACUAGGCUCACAAAGUCCAAGAGCUGGUCGAACACUUGGAUGUUAGUGAGGCUGUUUGUGGCCUUCCAGUGCUGACAAAAUGACUAAGAAGGKACUGCUCAAGGACAUGCAUUAAUAYGUKAAYGGCAAUUUUCAAAGUUGGAUCUAAAUAAGGUACAAGUCUGAAAAAAGAAAAUGUACAUAACCAGAGUGAAGUGGCCAAUUAACUGUUUAACAACAAACCAAACAUAUCAGCACAAAAACCACAUUGCAGCUGUCYGGUAUGGGGAUUAUUUGAUGUUAUUCACAAACUGRGCACUUUACAGACAUUGAUCAUGAACAACUGUGCACCAAAAUACUCAGUCAAGAGUGAGGAGUCCAACUGCUGAAACYUGGCCCAAUCUGGAGAGUUGUACUGUGACAUGAGGUACUACUGUAAAUGGUUUUACCAACUUUCAUGAACUCACUUUUUUGUUCAAACACAGCAACAGAUCUUCAACACAACUCUGAUGGCCUUAACUUUAAUCAGCAUAGUCAACUUAAAUGGCGUCUACAGAACCUGUUGGAAAUUGAUGAGUACAAACCACUGUGGUURUUCAAAUGGCAAAAUUUAGAUGCUUUGACUGAUAACACAAUCAAGUUUUAUGCSUUAGACGCUGUACUAUCAUUAGCUUAGA